AUGGGGACGAUACCGAAAGGCACUGAGUACAUCAAAACGGUUCCUUUUUUCUUGAAGAUAGCAGAAUUUGUUAUACUGUUGGUUGCGAUUGGUACCCUGGGAAGAUUUUUGGACAAAAUAGACGUUACGUCAGAAAAAAGUCGAUUAGAUUUUGGAAUAUUUGCAGUUGUCGUGUCAUUGAUUGUUGUCGUUAUAAUGGCCGUUCUCUUUGUUAGUGGACUACAUGAAAAAAUUAGCAUCAUUAACUGGCCUUUGACGGUGUUUAUCAGCUGUUUGAUAUGGUCUGUAAUGCUGUUCAUAGCUGGUUGUCUCCUAGCUGAUACUGUUCGCAAGUUUAAUAAGAAUAUUGCGUUCACUUCUAUUUCAUCUUGUGAUUACCUGGACAGAGGAAACCAUGGUGCAACAUGUGGUCAUCUUAUUGGUGCUACGGUUUGCUGUUUCAUUGCAAGCAUUCUUUUUGCAGUUGAUGCUUUCAUUAACUUCCGUAUACAAAGAGAUCAAAGUGACACAUCUUCGGCUACGGCCUCUGCACCUGAAAAGACUUCUACAUAG